GGCAAGAACUCCCCUUCUUCCGUCGUUAAGACCAAUUUGAAUCAAUCGAUCCAGGUAUAACAGCUUUAGCAACGACACCGAACUCCAUGAUGGUGUUGUUUACUCUACGGGUUGGGCUCCUCAUCACUGUACUCCACAAUCUGGCUUCUGCGAGCCCACUGAAAGUCAGACAAGAUGCAGCACCGACAGCCACCGUCAAGAACGGAACAUACAUUGGCGUCUACAGCUCAGAGUAUGACCAAGACUUCUUUCUUGGGAUUCCUUUUGCUCAGCCUCCGGUGGGAGAUCUCCGCUUCCGCAAUCCAGUGUCUCUCAACACCACAUGGGAAGGAAGUGCCUACGCCACCCAAUUCUCGUCGGCAUGCUACAAUUACGGCGGCCCUGCAACGUCGGCUACAACUGCAUUCUCCGAGGACUGCCUGGCCCUCAAUAUCAUACGACCAAGCGGCACCGAGUUAGGCGCCAACCUACCUGUGGGUGUUUGGAUACAUGGUGGUGCCCAUAUUCAGGGCUCAAAUCGGGACCCAAUGUACAACAUGUCCUUUAUCGUUGAGCAAUCCGUCGCCGCUGGUAAACCGUUCAUCGGAGUCAAUCUUAACUAUCGCCUGCAACUUUUUGGAUUUAUGUACGGAUCGGCCGUCGUGGAGUCAGCUAUCGGCAAUCUUGGCUACAAAGAUCAACACUUGGCGCUUCGUUGGCUCCACGAGAACAUCGCUGCCUUUGGCGGAGAUGCUUCAAAGGUUACAAUCUGGGGUGAAAGCGGAGGGGGUGAAAGUGUCGGAGCUCAUAUCAUAUCCUAUGGCGGCCGUGACCAAGGUCUCUUCAGGGGAGCCAUUAUGGAAAGCGCUGGUCCGAUCAAUCCAUUUCGAUACAACAGUCCAGCUGAAUGGGACGUGUACUACAACGCCAUUACUCGUGCCGCCAAUUGCAGUUCAGCAAUCGACACUCUUGCUUGCCUUCGCACCGUGCCUUCCGAGGCUCUCAACUCGAUUUUCGCCAGUAAUGUGACGGCCUCAAUUCCAUCUUGGGGUAUGGAAGUUGAUGGUGACUUCAUUCAAGGGAAUGCACGCGAGGCACUUCUUUCAGGACAAUUCAUCAAGGUGCCUGUGUUACAAGGCCAAAAUCACGAUGAAGGGACCGCUCUCACAGUGAGGGGCAUUGACACAGACGAGCAAUUCUUGGCCAAUAUUAGAAGUCGGGGCCCUGACAACGCAACUGCGCUCGAGAUCGCGGCACUGUACCCUGAUAUUCCCGAGAUUGGCAUUCCGCCGACACUUGAAGGUCGACCACCAGCAUCACUCGGCCUUCAGUACAAACGCAUAUCUGCUUUCGUCGGUGAUCUUGUAUGGCACGCGCCUCGCCGCCUAACUGAUCAAAUCUUGGCCCGAAACAAUGUCAGCAGUUGGAGUUACGAGUUCAAUGUUAUUCCCAACGGUAUUCCUCCGACAACGGGCGCAACCCAUUUCACCGAGGUGGCGUUCGUGUUCUACAACCUUCUUGGGCUUGGAUAUCCUGACUCGCCUUUUGAGGGAACGCCACAAAGUUAUAAGGAUGUUGCAGAUAUCAUUUCGCGGUACUGGGUCAACUUCAUUGUCGAUGGUGAUCCGAACAGCUCUGAAGUUGGCCCCCAUCAAUGGCCCUCUUAUUCUCUCGAGAAUCCACAGAUUAUGGCCUUUGAUGCGAACACGACCGAUCUUGCGUUUCCCAUUCCCGACACAUACCGUGCAGAGCCAAUUCAGUAUAUUUCCGAUCACUUGGGCAUUGCCUUUGGACGGUGAUUCUCAUCACUUGUUGGUACCCAAGUAGAAGGUUGGAGGACUUCGGGGUCCGGAUCCAGAACAGGCCGAGGGAGCUCGGCAUGCUCCUCGUUGUUGGUCGGUAGUUUAGGGUCAAGAGGUAAGUCCGCCAUCUCGAGAUUGAAGGUUCACCAACUGUAUGAAUCGAGUAAAUAGGGAGAACUUUGGGUUCAGGCGUCACAACGCGUCACAACGUGUCAGAACGCGACCGAAGUAU